CACUUUUGACGAUUUAGUCGAUAAUGUUACAUAGAACGGGGUUAGAAGUUAUGUAACACCGAAUGUACAGGUCGUGCUAUAAAACCGACAAGGUAGCGUAACCUCCGACUCGAGCGAUGUGAUUUUUCUUGUGCUAAAAAUUCAAAAUACACGCGGGAAUGUACUGGGAAUUUUGAAAAGGACGUUUACAAAAUUUUAGAAAAAAAAAUUAUUGAAUAACUCAAUUUUUUAUUUUUAUUUCUGGUUUUUAAUUUUUUAAUAAACUUGACCGGUUUUUUGUGAUUGGUUCGAAAAAUAAUGUUGUUAGGCUGUUAAGAUAAUAUUUUCGAAAAAAGAACUGUUGCGACUGAUGGUAGGUGGAAGAUUUUUGGAGAAAGGAGUGUUUUGAGAAAAUGGGAAAAAAGGCAAGGAAAACUAGAUGGCGUACACUAGAAAUUACCGAUGAACAAAGCGACAGCGAAGAAUCACACACUACUACUACCCCGAGGUUACCUAAAUCGUUUCAGCAGAAAUCAUACUACAAUAAACUACCAUAUUCUAGUCAAUCGACACCAAGAAGAAAAUACCAAUAUGACAGCACAAAAUCCACAAGAAGUAGUAGCACGACAAGCGAAAACAAAAUUACAUUUAACGAAGAUGAAUACACUAGAAUCACGACUCCUAGGCAAGAUGUUCUAUUUAAGAAGGGUUACCUGAAUAAGCCUAAAAACUACCAAACGCAAACUUCGACUGGUACCUCCACGACUUCUACAGGCAACUCCACGGGAAACGGUACUCCCGAUCAUCAAUCGACAGAUUUAGAAUACGAUUCGCAUUUCGUCUUCCCGAACGGAUUCGUAGAUCAAAACGGAAUCUACUACGUCAACAGUUACGAGCCAUAUCCUUUAAUGUUAUAUAACCCUCCUACGUACUACCCUGAGUUUUCGAAUUCGAAAUCGAAGAGAUGCAGCACAGGUUCAUUGACGGAAUCGACAAGUCCGAAUAAUGAAGAAGCAACUAGUCAAGACUUAAGCGGCGGCGAGGCUUCGAAUAACGUAUCAGAUUAUAGCGGGCAUCACAGUGUUUACAACAUGGUCUAUCCUGGAUAUUACGUCAAUGGUGUAUGUCCACAUCAAGAAAUAGAAAGUGGCCAGAACCCGUCGGAGCAAACACGAAAGCUCAAAAAGCGCAGGCGCCGAAAGACCUCGCGAUCUCAGACAAAUAACCAGGAUGAAAGUACCGAAUGUAGCGAAGACGAAGAUCUAGAAUCCGUAGACCCGAUAGUCAUAGAAUCCGAUAAAUCCACAUCUAGUCCCACCUCCAAACACACAAAUUGUUCGACCACCGAAGAAACAAUCAAAAUUAAUGGUUACGUCGAACAAAAAGAUGAAAUAACGGAAGAUUUGCCUCAGGGGCCGGUUGUAGUUCCAAAUGUAGUAGUUCCUCAGGAUGAUAAGGGUACUAUUGAUCUACCUAAAUCCCAAAAAUACGAUUUAAAACCAGACGCAGAAGAAUUCGUGCCGAGAGCAUACCGCACUCCAGAAAUUCCUCUUAGUCCUGUACAAUUCAUCAAAGUGCCGCCCAACUUCGUACAAAUCCCCUUACUACCAUUCAAUGGGCAAAUCAAUCCAGCAUUUAUUCCACCAGGAAGCAUACCAAUCAACUUCAUACCUCCUGAUCCGAAACUAUUCCCCCCAAAUUUCGUAAACUUCGCUCCAGGUCAUCCCAAAAAUCAACAGAUUUCUGAAAAAGUCGAUGAACUCAAAGAAGUAAAAACAAACGACCACAACUCAAAGGUCUGUGAUAUUAAUUGCAACACUGCCAAAGAUGAACUAGCUGUUAAAAACGAAAAAAUUACAGAAAAAAUUGUAACUAACGGCAAGGCGAUCGAUAUUGCUACAAUUGUUUCCAAAUUGGAAGAAGCCGCUAAAGAACAGGAAGAAAACGACGAAGAUCCAACGAAAACUCCAGAUUCGGAAAACAGUCCGAUAAAAAAACCAUUCAGAACCAAUCAAAAAUACAGAAACCAUUAUAAACGAACCUUUUACAAUAGUCCCAGGAAUUCUCCUCAAAGACAAAACGGUGAUGUAACGAAUCUAAACGUCACAGAGUCUAACCAAAUAAAAUAUAUCGGUAGUGAUAAUCAUACUGAAGUGCCGACUGAUUCAAAAUUCGUAAAAAAUAAUUAUGAGCGCUUCAGGAAGAAUUGGAAAAAUGGUAACAAUAAGUGGCAGCCCAACGGUGCAUAUAGAAGCCCAAAACAAAGUCCAACGCACCAUUCGAAUAUCGAAUCGAAGCAAAGUACAACAAAACACUAUUCAGAUACUCUCAAAAACGUUCCAAUUACUAAAGAACAAGAUCCAGAACUUGUACGGCCAGUAUCGGCACCUUCGUCACCUAAAGUAUGUCCGCUUGUUAACAAACUGCCUAAUCAAUGGAUUUCUGUAUCCAGUAGGAAAAAAAGAAAAAAUAAAAAUGUUGAAGAAAGUGACGCUUCAUUUGAAGACACUACUACUACUACUACUACUACUACACCGGGAGAUGAUCAUCCAGAUGAAUUCGAAAGUUACGAUAUCAACUUGCUUGUAGACGUUGUUCCCGUAGAAGAAAUUGAAGAAACUAUCAAAGUCGAAAUUAUCGAAGAGCAUGUUGAGCAAAUUAUAAAUAACAUCGCCCAAACAGAAUCCGAUAAUAUUCAGAAUAAUAGUCUAACUCCAGAAAUACGAUUAGUUACAGACAUUGAAAGUGAACUCAUACUUAAGGAAGAAUCACCAACAAAAGAAAUUAAAAUAGAGGAAUUAGAAAAUAAACAAGAGACUGAAAUUGCUGAGAAAUUAAUAGAUGAAGAAAAUAAGUCCUCUAAGAAAAAAUCGAAGAAAGGCACUCAGAAAGCCAUUACCAAAAGAGUAAUUAUUACAGACAUCGAUUUGUCUGAAAAAAAUGAACAAGUUAAAACCCCAAUGAAAAAAAUCGUCAAAAAAAUUGAUAAACCCAAAGAGAUGCAAGAAAUUGUACCAGAAGAGGUACAAGAACCAAUUGUUCUGCCUGAAACGGUUAGUGAAGAACCCGAAGAAGACAAAAAGAAAAGCAAGAAGAAAAAGAAGAAGACCACGAAAACCAGUAGUCUGUCAAGUUCGUCUACAACGCUGAGUUUGGCAGAAGAUGCAUACGAUCUUCUUCUAGAUACAAGUCUGGCCACCGAAACAGACAAAACAAAUGACGAAAUAUCCGUGGAGCUCGAUAAGAUGAUCCAAAAAGGAAUUUAUAGCAGCUUAGAAGAAAAAAUGAAAACUCUUAACUUAAGUGAGACGGAUGGAUUUUUCAAAUCCAUAUUCAGCAAGGUGCCCAUGACUGCUAAACCCGAACCCGUUGGAUUCUUAAAGUCGCCAGACUUUACGAAAAUACCACUAGUUAAAUCGGAUCCGGUAAGUGAAGACCAAAAUUUAGAAAGUAAAAAAACUAAUGAUGAAUUACCUGCUUCAGAGUCGUCGGAGAUUUUUCUAGAAAGUCCGGUCGUCGACGUGAUUCAACCAGAGGAUCCAAAAAGUCUCUAUCCCAUCACCGAGGCUGUGAAAGAAUGGAUGUGCAGGACUCGUGAAACUACGCCGGACGUGGAGAUUUUCAAAAGCCCGAGUACUAUUUAUAAAGAAUUCUGCGAAAGUGAUACGAACAGUGACACUGAAGUGUGGAAUUCGCGUAACUUAUCAGACGAACUAAGUGCUAGUGUUGAAGAUGACGAAAUUACUCUUUUCACUACCGAAGAAGCGGACAAAACAGAACAAGGAAGCAACGAAGACCUUCUCGAAUAUUGGGAAGACUUAAAAACCGAAGAAAAGAAGAUCCUGAAUAAAGAAGAAAUCGACAAGAACGAAGAUGGUGAAGAGUUGGAGGUUUACGAAAGCAAAUACGGAAACAAUGAAGAUUUUUUGAAACUACAAAAGGAAGUACAAGAAAAGGCGAAAAAUAUCAAUUAUCCAAAACACGGCAACUUACCUUAUAGAGCAAUAUGCUGCAAUUUAAUGUAAUAAGAAAAUUAAGGAAUACCAAAAAGGCCUAUAUAAUUUAUUAUACAUGUUUAAACUAUGUAAAGCAUCUUUUUAAGUUACAUUGAAUGUUAUUAAGAGAUUUUAAUUGAGCAAAAUAUAAAAGAUUAAAAUAUCUUUAUUAAAUUGUUUAGAAUAAUUUUGAUCAAAAUCAUAUUAGGCAACAAAAAAAACUGUUGAUUUUUAAAAAUGUACCUAUCUAAAACCGAGCAAAAAUGGUACAUCCUUCCUCCUGGGGUUAAAAAAUUCUAAAUUAUAUUUAGAAUUUGAAAAAAUAAUCUCUUUAAUUAUUUAGUUUAUUAAUAAUAAAAACUCUCCCUAUAAUUCAACCUCAGAAGAGAUUAUGCGGGGAGGGACGACUAUUAUUAUUUGUUUUGGCGCCCCUAGGGCGACUUCUUAGAAAAUGUGUUUUUUUUACUUAGGAUGUACACGUCCAAAGUCUUAUUAGAACGAAUAAAGAUGGCUUCCUUUUAUAUAACUUUAUUUGGAAAUAAUAUAAUUGUAUGAUUUUAAAUAAUUAAGAAACAUAUUAAGAACUAUAAAUAGAGAACAGCAGUAGGAUCCUAUAUAUUGGGUUAGGCGAAUAAAAACAAGUAAAUGCCUUUCCAUGACAAUUUUUAAUUGGUAAUUGAAUAAUUAUUAUAGUACCUACUUGCUCGCAUUCCGAAGUAAAUACUUUUUUUUAUAUUCACUAUUCAA